GAAGCCUGUUUGUCCCGAUAAGCGCUGCAGCAGUCGGAGCUGCGCGCAGUGCGGACAGGACGCGUCAUGGCACCGCUCGGACUGAAAGCAAUUGCUGGAGAAAAGAUAAUGAACAAUGUGAUUAAGAAGGCAAGAGAAAAAGGAAUGUGGAAGGUCCUGGUGGUGGACAAGCUGACCAUGAGAAUGGUUUCCUCCUGCUGUAGGAUGACAGACAUCAUGUCAGAGGGAAUCACCAUUGUAGAAGACAUAACCAAGAGGCGGGAGCCUCUGCCCAGCAUGGAGGCCAUCUACUUAAUCACACCAUCAGAUGAGUCUGUUGAGGGUCUAAUUGAGGACUUCAGAGACCCUCAGUCUCCGAGGUACCGAGCGGCCCAUGUCUUCUUCACCGACACAAUCCCAGACUCCUUGUUUGGACUGCUGACCAAAUCUCGCGCCUCCAAAGCCAUGAAGGCCUUGACUGAGAUCCACAUAGCCUUUCUACCCUACGAGUCUCAGGUCUUCUCACUGGAUAAAGUGGAUUCCUUUCAGGACUUCUACAGCCCCUUCAAGGCUGAUGUGAAGAAUAACAUGUUGGAGCGUUGUGCUGAACAGAUAGCCACCCUCUGUGCAACGCUCAAAGAGUAUCCCGGAGUCCGAUACAGAGGGGAGUACAAAGACUGUGAAGUUCUUGCCCAGAUGCUUCAGGAGAAACUGGAUGGAUACAAGGCUGAUGACCCCACCAUGGGAGAGGGUCCAGACAAAUGUCGCACCCAGCUACUGAUUCUGGAUCGUGGCUUUGACCCUGUGUCCCCUCUCCUGCAUGAGCUCACAUUGCAGGCCAUGACCUAUGACUUGCUGGGCAUUGAAAAUGAUGUCUACAGAUAUGAAACCAGUGGGAUGGGAGAGACCAGAAUGAAGGAGGUUGUUCUGGAUGAGGAUGAUGAUCUGUGGCUGACUCUUAGACACAAACACAUCGCUGAGGUGUCGACGGCUGUAACCCGCUCUCUGAAAGAAUUCUCUGCCAGCAAAAAGAUGAACACAGGAGAAAAGACCACCAUGAAGGAGCUGUCUCAGAUGCUAAAGAAGAUGCCUCAGUAUCAGAAGGAACUCAGCAAGUAUUCAACCCAUCUCCACCUUGCAGAGGACUGUAUGAACCACUACCAGGGCACAGUGGACAAACUGUGCCGUGUAGAGCAGGAUUUGGCAAUGGGCACAGAUGCAGAAGGUGAGAAGAUCAAGGAUCCCAUGAGGCUCAUUGUUCCAGUCCUCCUGGAUGCCAACGUCAGCGUGUCUGACAAGAUCCGCAUCAUCCUGCUCUACAUCUUCCUUAAGAAUGGUGUGACUGAGGAGAACCUGUGUAAGCUCCUGCAGCAUGCUAACAUCCCACCUGAGGACAGUGACAUCAUUUCCAACAUGGCCCACAUGGGCAUUCCCAUUGUCUCCGAGGGAAUCACAAAGAAGGCCAAGAAACCCGAUCGUAAGGAACGGAUCAGUGAGCAGACCUACCAGCUCUCUAGAUGGACACCGCUCAUCAAAGAUCUCAUUGAGGAUGCAAUUGAAGACAAACUUGACCCAAAACAAUACCCAUACAUCUCCCAGCGACAAGUUUCUGCCAAAGCCAGUGCUCCUUCGAGUGCUCGCUAUGGUAACUGGCACAAGAACAGAGGCCCCACAGAGAUGAAGACAGGUCCCAGGAUCAUAGUCUUCAUAAUCGGAGGCAUGGCAUACAGUGAGAUACGUUGUGUGUAUGAGGUCACACAGGCCAAUGGCAAAUGGGAGGCUCUGAUUGGUUCCACCCACAUCCUCACACCCCCCAAAUACCUAAAGGAUCUGCAGCACCCAGACUUCUUGGAUCCCAACGCCCUAGCAGAGGGCCCAGAGGAAACACCUGCACAAUAAAAGGCAUUUUAAAGAUCUACAGAUACCCCCCCCCCCCGACUCGCCUUCUUAAAACCCUGCAAGAAUGGAGAAAGAAGAGUGGCCGGGUUAAUGUGUUCCUUUAUCAGCACCCAUAACUCAAAGCUUUGUGUCGCCAGUGUCAACCUCCCACCCCAAGCGUAGCACUUCAUGUUGUAUACUGUUGAGCCACUGUUACCUGAAGCUGUCGUUUAAAUGAUGAGUUUGUUGGAUUUGCUGUGCUGAGUUUUGUUGCAGCUUGUUUGUGACAUAUAGGGAGCUUUUAUGGAUUCAGUAAGUUAUGUGAAUUAGUUUAGCUAACAGGAUGGUAUGCAGGGACCAAUAUACUUCUUUUUCAAAGAGAUUUAUAUGUAACAAAAUAGUAGAGCGUCUCUUAGAAGCAAACAUGCUAUAAUAGUCAUCAGAUUCCCUGUACUAUGAUCCGUUUGACCACAGAAAUGCCAGCAAAAAGCCAUUCUGUUAAGGAUGGUUUAGCUUUAGCGCCACCAUUUGGGUUGUCUUUUGUAUUGUCUCCAUAGUCAGCAGUGUCUCCAUAGUCAGUAGUGUUUUGAUCCUGUAGUGAUGCAGUUACCUUUUAGCUCCCUGUGUUUGUUCCUAAUGUUGUUGUUUGUUUUUAUUGUAUGGUAACACUUUAUUUGAAAUCUAUUAUCAGAUAAGACUGAUGUGGUUAUGAACACAAAACGAUGUUGCUGUUAUUGUUUUCUGCAUUUGUGAACAGUUAAUAAGCUAAUAAAGUGGCUUCUGUUAAGAAUCA